CCAGGAUCCUGAGAUCAUGACCUCAGCCGAAAUCAAGAGUUGGAUGCUCAACCAACUGAGGCACCUGGGUGCCCCGAUAAUUUUCCACUUUUAUAGCAGAGUGGAGGCAAGUGGCAAUAGUAAAAUUACUAGCAUUUAGAAAGUGCUUUUAUUAUGGAUAAAAAUAUUAUCUCAUUACAUCUUCAAGAGGACCAAACGAGGUAAAUGAUUCCACUACCUAUGAAAAACAAAGGUUAAAGGACUACACUGGCUCGAGGCAACCUACAGGACACCUUGACCCCAACCCCAUGCUUCUUCUGGGAUCACAGGCCAGUCCAUUAAGCCCACCAGGCUGCAACAGGUUGUCGCUCCAGAAACCAGUGUUGUGCCUUCCUUCUGCCAGAUUCUGCCCUAGAACCUGCCUGCCUGUGAAAACACACCUUCCGCACAGGCAAAGGGAAGGCAAUCUGUCUCUUCCAUUUUCUGCACUUUCUUGUUGGCUCCCGUUGGUUUGACUCAAGGCUGUGCGUCAUUUGUACAGCUGCUCGCUCUUCCCCUCCAGGCUGUUUGCUCCUGGGAUGGGCCCCGGGGCCCAGCAGCACACGUGGCUCGCACACUGCCCACAUUGACCCCAAGCACGAGGCCCGCAUGGCUGCCAAAGUCUGGGCUCGUCAUAAACGGCAGGCCAGCGCAUGCUACCUAAUGCCUUCCAUUUGCUCAACGCUUUUUGAAAAAAGUAACUUUUCCAACCAUGAUUGCUUUCGAUUCUGAUCGGAACCCUGUAAAGUCGGCAGGCCAGCUACUGUCAUUCUCUAUACGCAGCUGAGGAACCUGAGGCUAGAACAAUGACUUGCCAAGGCUACAGAGUUAGGAAUUCGCAUAACUGGGACCAGAAUCCAAGUGCCCUGGUUCCUGGUUCAGUGCCCCUUCCCUGAUCUGCUCAGGGGCAGCGUGACUUGGGGUUCUCACCGGUUGCGACAUAUAUCUUGGCACUUGAUUUUGUCUCCUCAGGCGGGUGAUGACUUUUAUUGGAGGUUAAUUUCUGGGUUGGAGGAAGAGGAUGUUAGAGUCGCUGUCCUGCGUUUGAAUCCUGCAUUAGUUCCCUUUGCACAUAAAUUGGGAUGCCGCUACUACCCAUGUUAAUACUAAUAAGAUUAGCCAGAUCACAGUUGUUUGAGAAUUUAAAAUCUGUAAAGUACCUAAAGCACAACCACCCAAAAACAGGGACUAUGUGUAAUUUUUUUCUAGUUAGACUGAAAAUUCAUCAGGAUAAAAACUUAUUUUUUACACAUUCCUUUGUUUCUUUCAGGGCUUGUCAUAGACUUAGCCAUAUAUUUGAGACCCAUAGACAGACCUCAUUAUGGGGCAAUUUAAAUAUCCUCUGCACCUCCUAUAUCCCACCCCACUUCCAGAACCUUCCCUCAAGGCUAACUCUUAGCUAAACUUGGAAACAAAUUAAUGUUUCUCCUUGGCUUUCUUGUUUUCCCUUCUUUCUGGGCUUGCUCCUACCCUCAUUCCCUCUGUCCCACAUCAUUCCAACUUCAGUCCAUAUGAAGCUCUGCUAGAGUCUAGGUAUUGUCUGCUACUCUCCUCAGAGGUCUCUGAGUUGAGCCUACACAGGGUAAAGAGGGGAGACCUAGAUGUAAGUCAUCCCGUGAGGCUCCCCCACUUCCUGGGCACAAAUACUGGGCAUUUUCAACCUCUCCAUACUACAUUUCUAGAACAGAAAUUCAAACACCUGCCAGGGGGUUGUGAGGCCAAAGGAGAUGCACAUGGAAAUUCUGUGGUAAGCAAAUGCAAGUGACUCCAAAGACUUAAAGAAAUGAUUUUUAGCAGAAAAUGUCAUAUAAUUAAACAGCAUUUGGGCUGGAACUCUUGCUGAAUGAUACUCUUGCCACAAAACAGAAAGCUUUAGACUUUAGUCCUUGGAGCAAUGCACUGCAGUUAGCAAAAUUGCAAGUCCCCACAAGGGCAGGCAGUUAUCAGUUAUUCAAAGUGUAAGUAGUAUGUGUGGGGUUUAGGCCCUUGUUGGAGAUUGGUUGUUGAGUGGGGACACAGAAAGACCAUGAGGGACUGCACUGGAGGGGACACCACCAAGCGAGAAAGGGACAAAGAGCAGCCAUGAAGAUCCAAGAAGCAAUUCUGUGCAUCCGUGGUAUCUCUUUGACACAGAAAAAUAAACCCUCUGCUCCCAAGAAGCUCACUCUAGGGGAGGCACUAUAUAAUGUAAACUUAGUUUAGGCCAGGUGAAUGAAACACACUCUGUAAUAAAGGUGAGGGCAUUUGUUCUGAUUAGGGAGAUUAGGAAAGUCCUCAUAGAAAGUCACAUCUGAGCCUGGCCUUGAAGACUUUGAUAAGCAGAGAAGGGAGGAGAAGAUAAUUCUAAAAGUGUUCUUGAUACAUAAUGGGUGUUGGGUGAUGGAUCACUGACUACCAUACAGAUACCUGGGUGGAGCAUCAGGCUCUAUACACAAGCUGGAUCCUUGAAGGACAUCUCGGCGUAGAUUUAAGAAUUGCAUAAGCCCAGAAGGCUUUCGAGAACAUGAUGACCACCACAAGUAUUAAGAGGUAUUAGCCAGGCAACCAGGGAAGUAAAGACAGUGCAGGCUGAGAGGGAAACAUGUGUCCAGCACAGGAGAAAAAAUGCUGGGAGUUCAGAGUGCUCCAUACAGACAAGAGGAGGAAGUAGGAGGCAAAUGGGGGAUGGGAUGGGGGGGUUGUUUGGAGGGGAGAAUCAGAAGAAAUGAAGCUGAAGAAGUAAGUACAAGGGAGGGUGAAGUGAAGUCAUCAGCGCCCUUAAAAUCAAUCAAGGGAGGUUUCAUGGGGGUGGGUUUUCAGGAAGCGCUCAAACAUAGGAAUUGGAUGUGCAGCCAGUUUUUGACCUGGAUGAUUUUCUCCAUAGGUGCCCUGAUGAUCAGAUCAGAGGAUGCCGGCUUUGUGGUGAUAACAGGUGUGAUGAGCAGGAGGUACCUCUGUAUGGACUUCAGAGGCAACAUCUUUGGAUCCCACCUCUUCAGCCCGGAGAGCUGCAGGUUCCGACAGCGGACGCUGGAAAACGGCUACGAUGUGUACCACUCCCCGCAGCACCGCUUCCUCGUCAGCCUGGGCCAGGCCAAGAGGGCCUUCCUGCCGGGCACCAACCCGCCGCCCUACUCCCAGUUCCUGUCCCGGAGGAACGAGAUCCCCCUCAUCCACUUCAACACCCCCAGGCCGCGGCGGCACACGCGCAGCGCCGAGGACACGGAGCGUGACCCGCUGAACGUGCUGAAGCCCAGGCCCCGCAUGACCCCCCCCCCGGCCUCCUGCUCCCAGGAGCUCCCGAGCGCCGAGGACAACAGUGUGGUGGCCAGCGACCCGUUAGGGGUGCUCAGAGGCAGCCGGGUGAACGCGCACGCCGGGGGGAUGGGCGUGGACAGGUGCCGCCCCUUCCCCAAGUUCAUCUAGGGAAACCAGAAGAGAGUCCUUUCCCAGCAGUCUUUCCGAAAACGAAACUUUUCGGAGCUUUUCGGAGGGACGUGCGCCCUCCGCAGUCCAGGGAAAGGGAAGGUGGGGGGUGAAGUGCGCAGUUAGCGGCUUCUCCCCAUGCACCACGAGGUCCCCCGAGAAGGUACCUUUGAGGCCUGAGUCAUGGCGCUUUCACCGCCUUCCCCACCUCAUCUAUACCACCUUUCCGAACUUUGAAGCCCAGAAAGAUAAACUAGAAGUUUCGCCUUCAUUAAGGAGAGAGGGAUUCCCACCACGACCACCACCCUUCCCCCAACCACCCGGGGCAGUUUCUCUUCCCGUGCCUCUCUUCUUCAUCAGUCUAGCAUUACCAACCAAGCAAUGGUUUAGCGAGUUCACCGCUUGGAAGGUGAAGGGAAGAGCCAAUACCAGUAGCCUCCGCGGCUCCUUACGUUUGUGUCACCUGCCCUGACCCUGGUGGCAUUUUUGAGUCCGCAACCUUGACUAGGGCAUUAAUAGCUGACUUGGGCAAACUGAUAAAAGUCCGAAUCUCAAGGCUUCGCUCUUCCUUGAGCAUCUCUGGAGAAGAGCUGUCAGAAAGACUGGUAGUAGGCUGGUCAAAACGGAACUGGAAUGCUUAGACAACUGAGGCAAGAAACCAAGCUAGAAAAUUCAACCUCCCUACGGAGUGGGCCCCCCUUGCCGUGCUCUUUCCCCUUCUAUGCAGCCAGAGCUGGAGGGCCAAGAAUGACCCUGCCUGUUCCCAAGCGGUCCAUGAUACAACGCUGUCUAUGGGCCCUGUCUUGGGCUUUAGUGAAUUUGGCCAGAGGAAGAGCUUUGGCAUCGGCUCAUGAAAAUCUCCCCUGCUAGGAAAUGGAAAUAAAUUUUUAAAAUGGAAAUAAAUUCAAAUUCCCCUUGGAGGCAUUUGAUGAAGCCUACUUCCAGGCUGAGUAGUACUGCAUUCAGGAUAACUGUCACAGGGAGGGAGUCUUGAGACAAUGGGACUGCUCUGGGUUCGGUUUUCUGUGGACUGGCAGAUUGUGUCCUUCUGUCUAAGUGAAGUGGCAUCAAGGACUCAAAGGAAAAGAAGUCCAGUAAUCAGGGGACCAAAGUGUAGGAGUUACCUAAAGACAACGCUGUUGGCUCUCCUUACUGCUCUGCAGCGCUGGCUAUGGAGGGAGUUAAACACUCCCGGCUGACAUGCCUGGGUCUUUGUCCACUUGCAAAUUCUGGGGGCAUUACUGAAGACAGUUUUCGGUCCCAAGAAAACCAAACCUCACUUACCAAACAGCUGAGCACCAGCCAGGUGGGCCUGAUGCUCAACCUCCCUCUACCUAGCCUUACCACCUGACUUGGAGUCUUUCUAUGAGGGGGUCCCAUGUUCCUACCUCUAUUUAGAUGGCCGCCCACAGAGCAGAAUGCUAGCAAGCAAAGUAGAUUUCAACAACAGCUUCUUUGCAUCACCUUGUUUUUUCCCACUGCCAUCAUGCCCCCAGCCUUAGAAACCGAUCCGUUUUUACUUAUGAAACAUUGGAAAACUGUUUUCACCUGAUGGUUUUAAGGUCUGGUUCCUAUUCUGAAACACUAAAACUAUGUAUACAACUAUAUAGCAGUGCAUGGCAAAUAUUAUCUCCACAGUUUUCAUUUCCUGUUGGAGACAUUAUACUGUUUAAAAGCUUUUGGAAGCUCCCGUACUGAUAACUAGAUGUAAAAUCCCAAAAGGACUUUGGCAGAAAACUGGUUGUAAUCUUAUAAACGCAAUACCAUUUAUUAGGGGCUCUUCCUUUGGCAGAGCCAGAGUAGUCCCCACAAUUUCCUACAUUCCUUAGCAUGUGGCAAUAUUUAUUUAUUUAUUUGGAAAAUUUGCUUAUCGCUCAGUAUUUAUAGAUAUUUAUAAAAGUGUAACCCCACUUUUUUUCUUCCUUCUGUUUAAAAGAAAAAUAAAAUUUAUCU